AUGGCAACGUCGUACCUAUUAGACCAUAGGCGUUUUUGGGCAAACGCGAAGCCACUGAAGAGAAGAAUUCUAGAAGGAAGUGAAGUUAUUCAGCAGAGCGACUAUCUAAAGGACUUUCUGCUUCUAAUUCAGUCAGAUGGGUUAGACACGGCUUAUGACGUAUAUGGUGACGACGAACCUCGUCCUCCUCCUCCAGAAAGUGCCUAUCUUAAAGCACCUGAAGAUGUCGCGUAUGAUUAUGACGUCAUUGUUGUCGGGGCAGGUAUGGCAGGUCUCUCUGCAGCGUAUGAGUUGAAGAAAGCAGGGCUUUCAGUGAUCAUUCUGGAGCAGACAGAACGUUAUGGUGGGAGAGUAUUUACUUAUGGCUUGGAAUCAAAUCUUGCACCUGGUUUAUAUGGCGAAGGUAAAGUGUAUGUGGUACUAGUAUAGUAAAGUGUACUAGUAUAGUACCUACAGUAGAUGUAUUUUUCAUCAAGAAUACACUUUUCACUUGACAAGUUUUAGCACAAUACAGCGUGAUCGGCACCGUACAGCACAAUAAAAACAUGACGUAAAUCGAAAGAAAAACUCUCGUACAAUCUCAGAUAAUGGUUUCAAAAGAAUAUUACGGCAAGGUUUAUUUUUGUCACUCAGCAGUAGGGACGGGUUUUGCUAAACUAAGCAGAGAAUUUUGAAGAGAACGUUUUGGAGUUUAAAUAAAUUCCACUACAGUACUUCAUGUAAGUCAAUAUUUGGAAAAUAUAGGGGCGGGGUUGCUGCAUGCAUGUAUUUCUAGUAAUUGCUUUAAUCAUAACUUUAGUUUUGUCAUGGCUUUUACAUCGAAAUGGCGGACAUAAAAAAUACUCGCACCUACGUAGUUCAUUUUGUAACCCUAUAACUUGAAGAUAAAACUACCACUUAUCUCAUACAGCAUAUACACUUAUCAUCGUAGAUGUAAUUUUAAUGCCGUUGGGGCAGUUACAACUUUCUGCAAUAUACCAAUUUUGUAAACAAUAUUUUUUCAUCGCACUAUUUGUGCGACUACAAUACGAUCGACAUUUUUGUUGUCCUCACUUAGAACUUAACCCUCUAAGUAUAGUUUAAAUGACUUUUACGAUUUUUUGUUUGCAUAUAUACUUUGAACCGAAAUGAAAGUGUGAAUACCACCAUCGCUUCGAACUUCUUCUGUGUCUAAUGAUGAUAAAAAUCGCGAUUGAAAGCUGGAGUAUACUGUUUUUGUCUAUGAAAAGAAGCCAUUGUUGUUGCACGCUUUCACACUUGGACCUACUUGGAAGCCUGUGGCAAUGGUUUAAAUACAGUUUAGGAUCUUUUAUUUACAUAUUUUGAACAAAUUAAAAUAAAAGUGUGAAUACCGCUAUUUAAUAUCCCUCUUUUAAACUUCUCUUGCGGUUUAACGGGUGCGUUCCUUUAGUGCAAUCCGGAUUUGGAUCUUCAAAUCCGAUUAUCGAUUUUCAGUUUAAUUUAACAAAAUCUUAAAAUAGAUUCGAAUCUGAUCAAUCGACCUCAACAUAUGGAUUUUUCGGGUUCAAUCUGAAACUAUAGCUUGAUUAGGAUUCAACGUUCAUUUUGAGCUUCUAGCCUUCUAGCAUGUACCUUGACCCGACCGAAAGGCAUAGUGGGACAGAAAACUUAUUGUAAAAAUGGCGGGAAAACAGCAGGCAAAUUCCGAUUCUCACACCUCGUUCCAUUGUUUAAAGGACAAUGGCAACGAACAUUUUUAUUGCCUAUUUCAAUUCUACUUCACGACCCAACAAUGAAAAUAUUAUCAUUUCCUUCUCGAACAUUUUAAUCUAUGAAUAAAUAAAUUUGUUUCGCCGCCAUCCUGGAAAAAAUUUUGAAAAAAUUAUCUCGAAGGUCAAUGAACUUUGUGACGUCAUUAGAUGGGCAGCACCAAAACUACAAGAGAGAAUUCUAUUGCGUGCGUGUUAUGUUAGCUAAAAAUAUGUCAUUUUUGAACGUUCUACUGGCCAACACUCUUCGCAAUCAAACAAGAGAAGUUUACACUAUCAGAUAAAAACAUAUCGAGCGACUGGGAAAGCAAGGAAUGGCGCAAUUUACAAUACGGGUAAUUGAUCAUAAAAUAUUGCUUUAGUGUUUGCCUUGUUACACUCGUAUUUCUGCGUUUAUUUAACACGGAGUAGGAUAUAUACUAUGAGAAAUAGUGUUACAAACAAGUUGCACACUUGGUAAAACUUUUCUGCCUUUUGUUUUGGCUCAAAGUGCACCACGCGUGGUAAUACUCGGUGUUGUUUAUAGUCAUGAAAUUGUGUUUACACAGCUAAUGACAUAAGAUAAUGUAUUUUGUGGCAUAAAUUAGCAUACGCGUUUAAUUUCAAAAUGGCGGACAACUGUUGAAAUUUUUAUCAAAUUUUCUCAAAAACUAAACGCGACAAACCGGCCAAAAUAUAAAAUUAAAUAUUCCGUAAGUAUACCUAAUAGAUAUAGGUAAUAAAAAUUUGGGUUGCUAUUGUCCUUUAACGAAUCCAAAAAAUCCGAAUCCUAAAAAUCCAAAUCUAGAUUUACAAAAGAAACGCUCCUUAACGCUGCAAAAAAUCGGGAUUGAAAGCUUGCGUACUUUUUCGACCACUACUGCUGAAAAGUCGCUAAUGUUGUUGUGAGAAUAUGCCCAUUUUUGUAUUCAAAAACAGUACAUAAAACAAUUUGCAAACUUUUAAUCGGUAUUUUUGGCUCCGUUAAUCCCAAUACUAGCACUAAGGGACCGGUCAUAAAGUAACUGCUAGGGUGGGCUGGAGUGAUUUGGGAUGGGCCAUGGAAAAUCUUUGGGCAGUUGAGAUGGGCCGCCAAUUUUUUUGUAUGUCCACGGUUGGGCCACCAAACAAAAACCCAUGUCUACUUCAAAUAAUAAUAAAAGUAAACAAAACUAUCCAAAUUAUCAAAUGCAAAUGAUGCUAUUGUAGCCAGUACUUUGUUUUAUACAACAACAAGAAGUGAUCGAAUCACAGCAAAUACAACCAAUUGGAGAGCAGCUCAGUAUCGUAAUUGGUGAUGAAUGUGUGUUGGUCAGUCAAGCUUGGUGGAAUUAAUUAUGUAUGUCAAUACAGUGCCGGUGUAUAUUUACAAUGUUCAUACCUGCAAGUUUUUUUUAUUAUAAAAGUGUAUUUUCCCAAUCUAAAUUGGGUGGGGGUGGGUUAUGAAAUAAAUUUGGUAAGAUUAGAUGGGCUUUGAAAUUUUUGUCUACAUCCUAAGAUGGGUCACCAAACUUAUUGGCAAAAUUUGUGAGAUAUCUCCAGCACACCCUAGCAGUUACUUUAUGAUCAGUCCCUAAGAGAAGUCUAAAAAAGUGAUCUAGUGGUAUUCACACUUCUAUUUUUGUUCAGAAUAUGUAAAUAAAAAAUCCUGAACUGCAUUUAAACCUUAGAUACAGGGUUCCCAGUGGGUGCAACGGUGCAAGCGUUCUCUGACAACAACAAUGGCUUCUUUUUUUGUAAUCAAAAACAGUACGCAGGCUUCAAUCGCGAUUUUUGGCGUCAUUAAACUCGAAAGAAGUUCGAACAAUCGAUAGUGGUAUUCGCACUUCCUUUUCUGUUCAAAAUAACUAACUUAGUGAAAGUAGUGCAAACUAUAGUUACAGGGUUCCAAGUGAGGACAACAAAAAUGGCGAUACGAUCCUCUUGCAGUCGCACAAGUGGGAUGAAAAAUGUUGUUUUGCACAAAAUUGGUAUAUCGCAGAAAGUUAUAGCUACCCUAGCGGCACUAACAUAGCAUCUACGAUGAUAACUAUAUGCUGUAAGUAUAGGUGGUUGCGUUAUCUUCAAGUUACAGUUUCUAAAAUGAACUACGUAGGUACGAGUACGUUUAAUGCGCCAUUUUGAUCUAGACGCAAACGCUAUGACAAAACUAAAGUUAUGAUUGCUAAUUACAAUUCAAAUUAAAAAUUUUGAAACGUACAUACCUUGACAAUCAUUAUCUGCUUAUCAUCGCAUAAAAAAUCCUAUAUUUUGGGCAUACAAGUAAUAACAAAUAGGUAAAAAGAAUAGAACGUUACCGUCUGUCUUUAUUGUUCUAAUUUCAGGCGGUUGCCGUGGCAACAGAUAACUCUGACGCGAUAAAAGCGUAUCCCGGAUGCAUGCACAUCAACAACAUUAGCAUUGUUGCUUGCGUUUCCAGUCCCUGUCUUCUGGAUUGUCUAUAUGGGUUUGCACAGCGAAGUAAAAAAUGAUUCCUAUUUCAAGUUAAAAACACAACAUGUUGUGCUUUUUUAGUUUUCUGGAGACAAUUUUUGGAAUAUUUCGAUUUUGAAAUCAAGCUUGCCGGAUCAUUAGUUUCAUAAAUCCAAUUAUCUACUAUAGUCUGCUAGUAAACAUUGCGUCAGAUUUACUGGUCAACUAGCCAAUCAGAAAGCGCGAAAGCUUAUUUGGUAUGCAAAACUUAUAUUAAAAGGCCAUGUUUAAUUAAAUAAAUAUUUUUUUAUCUUUUAGCUGGAGCUAUGAGAUUGCCUGGUGAUGUUUCUGGUACAACCGAAAGACCACACUUUUUAACAGAUGCUUAUAUUAAGGAGUUUAACCUUCCUAUCAAAGCGUUUCGAAACUACGAUGCAAAUGGGUUAACCCAUAUUUAUGGUUUUCCGACAGAAAUAUCCAGCGGUAUGUACGCUACUGCCAUUUUUGCUUUUAUAAACUUACACACUUUACUCUGCUUGGUUUAAAAAUGUUAUUAUGAAUAUAGAAUAGCCACAUAUCACAUUCAACUAAGUUUUGUUACAGUAUAAUUUAGAAGGUCGUCAAUUAAAUUUUAGUGUUCAAGAAUUAGAUUUUCGUGCAGUUAUGGCUGACCUAUUGAUAUUUUAACUUGAAUAAACAUUUGUGAAAAUGUAAUUAAAAGAAGUACCUUUACCAGGAGCACAAAUACAUUCCCUUAGAAGCAAGCAAGAAUAUGAAUAAUGUUUUACUAAAUCUAAAGACGCUUUCUUAAAAUAUUUGCCUCAAAACUCUAACAAAAUCUACCAAUGAUAGUUUCAUAUUCAAGUCCAUUAAAUGAAUUCCAAUUAUUAAAUUUUUUAGGACCCUCAAUCGGUCAUUAAAUCCUCGAGAACUUCACGUCCAUAAAUAAAAUCAAAUUAAUUUAUUACGUCUUUCAAUCGGCCAUUAAAACCAUGGGAACUUCACGUGCAUAUUAGGAGUUACCUUUAAUUAUCCAAAUGAUAUGCAUGGUUCAUGCAACUAGUUUAUAGAGGAAACGUCAAUUCUACCGGUAUAAAUAGAAUAGUUAUUAGUCGCGUUGUAUUCGCUUAAUUCAACAAGAUUAUUCUCAACUUUGUUGGUUCUUUAACGUUCGGAAUAAAUUAUCAUUUAUAGCUGGCCUUCCGCUCAGAGGAUUCGGCGAAAUAUUAAUUAACCUAACUGGGUAAUAUUCCGCCGAAUUUUUCUCUCGCUCCGGGUCUGUCGUAGGUUCCCAGAGCAGCGCCGCCAGUUCAUUCAACUGUAAAUAUUUUCUUGAUUUAUAAAAAGCGUUUGAUACGGUAAACCACAACAUAUUACUGCCCAAACUCUAGUUACAUGUUUAUGGUAUCAAGAAUACACCCCUUAUGUUUUUCAAAUCUUACUUAUCAGAUCGAUCUCGGCAAGGUCAAGUAAAUGGGGAACUUUUCACGUUAAAAUUUCUAAAAUAUGGAGUUCCCCAGGGUUCAAUUUUUGGUCCACUUGUGUUUUUAAUUUAUAUCAAUCGUUCACCGAACCUCUUACAACACUCUAUACGGCACGAAUGUUCGCCGAUGAUACUAGCAUCACAGUGUCCGGUAAAUCAAUUGAAGAACCUGAGGUGGUCGUUAAUGCUGAUCUCAAUAAUAUUAGAGAAUGGCUUCUAUCAAACAGGCUUUGUCUUAACCUAGUCAAAACGGAAUAUCUUCUGAUUGUAUCAUGGUGCAAUUUUAGCUCGCUGGAAGAACAACCGCGUAUUGUUAUUGAGUAUUAACCAAUUAAAGGGAUUCAGGUUAAAAAAGCUCUUGGUGUCAAAGUUGAUCAAUUUUUAACUUGGGACAGUCAUAUUGACCAUAUUUCGAAAAAAAUCUCUUCUGUAAUAAGUGCAAUAAAAAAACAAAUGAUUGAAUUACUGAUUCCGUUAAUUUCAUGUCAGUCUAUCAUGGACUUGUCCAACCUCAUUUCGGCUACUGUUGCGAAGUUUGGAAUUCCAUUAGCAGAAACCAGUCUGAAUGGACUACAAAAACUUCAUAACAGAUGUGCUAGAAUUAUGAUGAACUUCAAAGAUGAACUUGGGCAAUCUCAACUGGCCCUUGAUCGAUUAGGGUGGAUAAGCGUGGAAGAAAGGCGAAAACAUAUUAUGACCCGGCUCAUGUUUAAGGUUGUCAAUAAUUUAGCACCGCCGAGGUUCUGGAACAUCAAUGUUCCAGAAUUCCAAUCAUAUCCACAGUUAUUUAUUUUCGAAGUUCAAAUUCGUCUCUUUUCUGCUACGACCAAAUACCGAGUAUGGCGGAAAAUGUUUCCGAUAUAGUGGGGUUAAAAUCUAGAGUACCAUUCCUGAACAAGUAAGACUGAACAGCGAAUCUUUAAAUUCUUUCAAUAGGAAUAUUUCCUCUCUUAUUUGUUUUGUAAUAUGUAUUUUGUAUUCGUAGUUCUUAAUAUUUUUAGCGAUUUUGUAUUUGAUAUAUAUUUGUAACAUUAUAAAUUAAUAUCUACGCCCCACUUGGAAAGCAGCUUCGGUUGAAGUGGUCAGCGUAGUCAAAUAAAGUUCUAUCCUAUGUAAUAUAUCAAUAUUGUGAUUGACGUAAUUAAAACUAAAUCGUACAUAAGUCUUUGUUUGUGUAAAAUGCGUCACAGUGACACAUUGUAAUUUGGUAGGGUAAUUUGGUAGGGUAUUAUAGGAAGUGAUUGAAUGAGAUUGUUGCUGUUAUAGAUCGUAGCGAGACAAUCGUAAUGUUUAACGGUCUAAAACUCACGUUGUAGCUAAAUACUAUUUCUCACAUAAUACAAUCAAUAAAAUCAUAAAAUAUGCAGUCUCUUGAGCAUUUAUUGAAUGAACCAGGUGGUUGAAUCACAAGUUCCGCGCAACAGGGUCUAUAAUUUAUAAAUAUCGCAUGGAAAAACGUCAUGAUCUUUAUCCACUAAUUUAAAUGAGAAUUUUUAUCACAAUCCUUGGGCCACAGAUACGCGCAAGCACACCGCACACCGCAUGCAUAGCGGUAAAAAGUAAAACAUACCUAGAUUCAAGAUCAUUCUGAAUUAUGUCAUAGAUAAACACCGCGAAAACAUAGCUGCGCAUGUGCGGAAACUACAAAGUGGGGGCAAAUUUAAGUUCGCGAACAAUCAAAACAGAAGCAUGACUAUUCAAUCAUUCAAGACAAAUGAAUGUGGAAGAGAAAAUGUAGUCGCCGGGUGGAUUAUAAACCUCAAUAGUUCCAUAUACAUAUUUGUCAUUGCAACUACAAUAUGUCUCCGUAUUGUUGAGAUCAGCGAUAUAUAUGUAUCAAUCCAUGCAUGAUAACAUUUUCAAUCUGAUAUCGUUUUUCCCAUCCACUUUGCCAAGCGCGAUCCGCGCAUGGCUCUGGAAAAAGAAAAUGUCACGACAAAACCCUUAACCAAUGUCGUUCAAUAAUGGAUGAUGCAUGUCAUCGCUAAAGGAUAAUGAUUCCGUGAUGUAUGAAAACUUUACGAAAUUGUUUUCGGCCCGGAUACUAUAGGCCUGGCUGCGGUGACAUUCAAUUAUUGCAUGACUUUUUAUUUAUUUAUUUAUUUAUUUAUUUAUUUAUUUAUUUAUUUAUUUAUUUAUCUAACAUAUCAUGUUUAGGAUGGGAGGAACAGUAUUUUAAUAGAGUGUGGCCCAACUGGAAGGAUGGAAUGCAUAACGACAUGAAGGAAAUUAUUAAUGAUAUUGGUAAGUACAGACUUGAAACGUAUAAGUGUAGCCGGUAUUAUGCAGUUGCAGUCCGAUAGCGAAAAGGUUACCAUUAUUAUAAGUAAUAGCAUAAAAAGAGGCGAAUUAGCUAUUAAAACGUCCCGCCCGAUGAGGGUCGUUUAGUAAAAUUCCCUUGGGCGGCGCUUGAUGAGGGUCAUUUAGUAAAAUUCUAAAUUGACCCGAAUCGAGCGGCGCCCAAGGGAAUUUUACUAAACGACCCUCAUCGGGCGGGACGUUUUCAAUAGCUAAUUCGCCUCUUUUUAUGCUAUUACCUUAUAAUAUCAUGAUUGCGGGUAUUCCCUUUGUUCUCGCAGGGCCAUUAAAAACCAAUUAACAAUAAAUAAUUUAUAAAUUAAAUGGUAUAAUUGUUUUCCAUGUCUUUGUUUAGUUUUGGCGAUUUCAGAUAUCUUCAUUUAUAUUCAUUUUUUUCUAAUCGUACCUGCUUUGACGUCGUAUCGGCUAGGAUUAGAAUUAAUCCUACCUGACAUGACGUAAAAGCGGGUAGGAUUAGAAAAAAUGAAUAUCAUGAGGUAUAUUAGUUUUUAAUUGCCUUGCAAGAACAAAGGGAACACCCCCAAUCAUGAUAUUAUUCCAUUAAAUAAUUCGCUAAAAAAAAUUGGCUGCCCUGUCAACUAUACAGUAUCCACAUUUUCCCACAGUUUUCAAACAGCAGUGCAAUUUUCUGUAAUCACAGUGCAAUUCUCUGUAAUCACAGUGCAAUUCUCUGUAAUCACAGUGCAAUUUUUUGUAAUCACAGUGCAAUUUUCUGUAAUCACAGUGCAAAAAUCUGUAACAAACUGAUCUGAUUGGUGGAAAAACAUUGUGAUGAUUAAAUCAACCAAUCAGUUUAAAGCAAUUUAGUUUAAAGAAGUAACGGUCACAGAUUGCUUCAAAACAAAACAAAACAUGGCGCCGCGCUACACAAAGUAAAUGUUGCCUUCGCGUGGAAAAUAUGGCUUUUAUCUUUAUUUUUAAAUAGAAAAGCAUUUACCUAAACAAGACUAACAAAAAUUACAUAGUUGAGUGGAAUUUUCAAGCUGUUAGCGUUGUAUAAUGUGAUAUAACAAAGCCUGGAAAACUUUGCCAGUGGAAUGCUCGCUAUAAACGCGUAAGUUAGAACUACAAUUGUCGCGAACAUUUUUAUGUAAAUUAUUUAUAAGUAAUAGCAUGGUUUCUCGUGAAAUUUGGAUAAACAUGCACUCGUGAGUUUUUCAAAGACCUCAAAUAGCACUCGUCCUUCGGACUCGUGCUAUUUUGAGGUCUUUGAAAAACUCACUCGUGCAUGUUAUAUCCAAAUUGCACUCGAAACCAUGCUAUUACCUAUACUUACAAUUGAACCCUAUAAGGCGCCCCGAUAUAAUUUUUGAAAAUGAAAAAUUUUCGAUUUAGAUCCGUAUUUUUGAAAAAUAAAAAGUAUAUUUAAAAGUAUCUCAAUCAUUUUGUCAAUUUUAAUAACAUUCUGUUGAGUACAGUAAAAGAAACCAUUUAAUGGAAUAAAAUUUGGGCGAACGAUGUCGUUUUCGUGUUAAAUAUUAUUUAAAACCAAAAUUUUCGCCACCUUACUUGAAACGUCCUUGUUGCCAUAACAAUGGCAGUUGUAUAACGUGUAUGGAAAAAUUCAAAACAAUGUUUUACAUCAAUAAGAUACUCUUUGUUAAACUUUUUAAACAAGUAACAAUUGCCCAAAAAUAUGGAUCUAAAUAGCGAAUUUUCCAUUUUAUAAAACUGUAUUGAGCCACCUUGGAACAAAUUGAAGAAGCCAUAUGUACGUGAGUUACAUAUGUUACCUGCAUCUACUUAAGAAAUAGAAAACGAGCCGCGUGCGUUUAUGGUGUGAUAAUGCAGGAGGAGUAUGUUGGGAGAAUAGGAGAGAAGCGUGUAAAAACACGUGGCGUAGCCGAGUAUUUUACACGCUUCUCGAGUAUUCUUCCAUCAUUCCUCGAGUGCAUUAUCGCACUACAAACGCACGAGAUGAGGUUUCCUAUUCCUGUUAUAAUGCAAGUACUGUAGAAAUAUUACAUAGGAAACAAUUUUACCGGAAAAAUCGACGUUGAAAUUCUCCUAACAUGUACUCAGUGACGUCACACGCAUGCUUUUAUUGUCGCUUGAAUUUUUAAGCGAGCGUAGGAGCAAAACUACCAAAACAAUACAAACUUUUGAUGCUAUAAAGCCGCUAAAAUAGUUUAAAACGAUGUAAAUAAAAACAGUGAUACACAGACUAAUUUGCAAAAGUUUUUCAGCAUCUGAGCUGCUGGAUUUAUCAUGAAAGACGGUAAAUAGUAGGUUUCGUGGCGUUGCUAAUUUUCGAAAUUAUUGUAUUUUUUGUCUUUCGCGGAAAAUAUAUCUAGCAGUUGUUAUCGAUCAGAAGAAUUGAAGCUACUUUCUAAAUCCUUGUUUUCAGUUGGUGUUGCCUUUUUCUAUGUUUUUGGUAUUCGUGUAAGUUUUUUCACAGCUCUCGGCACGCGUUUGCCCAAAGCCUGUCGAGACAACAACAAAUUCGACAAAUGUACAUGUCAAGGCGGUUAAUUUUACACAUAGAACCGUGCAUAGAAAAUUGCCUUGUUCCUUUGCUCUAUUCCUUCUUGCUUUCUGAUAAAUUUUAAAAGCUCUAUAGUUUUGUUUAUUCUGUAUAUUUGGCCAUAGUUAAUAGAGGAGAUGGUUUGGAAACUCGUUAGCAUUACAAUAAAAUCACAAUAAACCUCAUUAUCUAUGUUGUUCAGGCAGUAUGCAAAAAUGUGGUCUUUCAUCGUCACGUGCGUAUUGUAUUUUUCUCAACUCAACCAAUAGGAAUGUUCAAAAUGUCCUAUUGUUAAAGUCAUGGAUGGACAAUUGGACAAAACCGUUGCUAUUGGCUGGUUGAGCAAAAAUACAAAACGCACGUGACGAUGAAAGACCACAUUUUUGCAUAAACCUGAACAAAAAUAUAGAUAGUGAGGUUUAUUGUAAUGCUAAUGAGUUUCCAAACCAUCUCCUCUAUUAACUAUGAUUUGGCUAAAAGGCAAUUGAAGAGCGAAAAAAACACAAAGAAAGAGCAAGGCAGUGCCACAGAUUACAGUCCAUAAUUGCGUCACAAUUAUUAGCCAAUCAAAUCGUCUGUUAUAUCAUACUUAUAUUAUAAAAGUCAACACCGGCAGUAUUUUGAAAUGUAUGCCAUUUCAGUAAACAGCAUAUCGGGUUUGUUUUUCAGGUUUUCCCUUAGCUGGAAGAUAUAAAUUCAUGUCAUACACGCUGUUUGCGGGGUUAAGAACACUAUUAGGGAUAUGAUUAGCAAUAACUAACAGCCACCAUCUACGAGAAAUGAAUUUAUAACUAGAACAGGACCUGUAUGAUAUUAUUAUUAUAUAUAAUGUAACCUAUGUAAAUUAUAUUUAGGUACAUAUUACGCGGAGACAACUAAAAUUGUCACUGAUCAACUGAAAAUGUGGUUGAACAAUGCAACAGAUAUUGAUGAAGAAAUCAAUGUGUGGGAAAGGUGGAUUAACAUCUGGAGUCAGUUUACAUUGGAAAGCUUCCUCCGAAGCAAUAUUCAUGCAAUUUAUGCAAAGGUUCUUGAAGAAGAUCGACAGGAUUUAGAUGUUGACACCCUUGCUAAACUGUUGCCAUGGUCCAACGAUGCAGUGCGAAGUUAUGCUGUAUUUACCUAUACUCCAUUCCUUGAAAAUUCGUUGGUGCAGUAUCUUCGUGAUCAGCUAGGGCACUGGUGGUCGGCUGAUAUGCAUUGCUUGGUCGGUGGUAUGCACAGUUUAGCUGAUGGUUUCUUUUCUAAUGAGGUGUUGAAUACAGACGAUCUCGUAGACCACGCGCAAGCUUUCAAGUUUUCUUAUUUCUCCGUCCCUUCGCGCCCCAACGAUGAUUUUGUCCAAGUCUCUUGCUAUGCGAACAGUGAUCAAUCUUCACCAAACAAAACAUAUACAGCACGGGUAAGUACAGCUAUGACCUUGCAAAUGCCAGAAAUAGAUUCUACAGGUCAAAUUGCACCUACACGCGUGAAUUGGACGUCAUCCCGGCUAAGGGGCGGACCAUUUGACUUUUGAGGGGAGGUGGGUGGGGUGGGGUUGGGAUUGAAAGAUUCCGACUGCGCAAGAAUUUUUUUCCGCCCAGGGGAACAAGACAGAUAGUUUUUACUCUAAGAGUGCAGCGCAAGAUAUUUUUUCCCCAAUAUAUUUCGCGGCAAAAUAUAUUCGUCUCUCUCAUAAUUCCGGCUUACAGUAACUUAAGGCUUUCAUAUAUUUGUAUCGUCAGAGACGUAGCCGGGGUUUUCAUCAGAGGAGGCCGAGAACUGAAUCCCAAGAGGGGCCAAGGAAUUUUCACUGCGCUUUAUUUUACAUGAUUAUAUCUUAAUGUUCCCCACACUAAAGCGUGCAGGGAACCCCACUGGCUAUCGUAUGUUAUAGGCUCCAAAUUAAAGGAGGUUGAAUCCCUGUGAUGUUGUCCACUGUUCACCCCGUGUUUUAUAAGCAAAUGUGCCUGUUCAAAAAUGCAAUAUCUUGCAAGUCUGUGGACACAAUACUGAAGUGAAGAGCGUCAGUAGAGUUACAUGUAGGAAUUUUUUUUGAGCGCUCUCUUUUGCCUGAUAUUUUUUUUCUCGAUUGUAUGCUGCAUGAUUUUUUUUCUUUCUCCCUGGAUGGCAGGAAAAUUUUUUUUUCGAAAUCGCUUUUCUGUAAAAGUUAUCGCUUUUCAAAGACUGCCCUUUAUAUAAUAAACAGAAAAAUACAUGGUUGCUUGGAAAUUGCGUAGGGGGGGGGGAUACGAAACGUUUCAUCUCCUUUGAGAGGGGUUUUAAAUAUUUUCCGACCCUUUUUGUUUGGGGGGGGGGCAAAUUUUAUGGUAGAAUUUUAUGACCGGUCCCUAAUUCAUGUUUGCAAGAUUUUGUGAAUAAUUUCAAAAGCUUUUUAAGAAAAUAAAGGCGAAAGAAAAGCUAAAAGAAGGGAGUAAAGGCGCCGACGUUAACGAAGGUAGGUUUGUUUUAAAUAUUGAUCAAUUGUUCGCUUUAUAAUCGCUUUAAAAGCUGAUCAUUGCGGUGACGGUUUUAAAUGAAAAAGACAGGAUAUAAUUUCAGUGUUUCUUUAUUGAUUACCCUUUUUUAUUAUACUAAAAUGUUUAAGUAAAAAAGAAAGCAAAGUUGUUUGAAUGCAAGAAUUUGAAAUCAUUUUAUUUCAAACUCAAAGUUUUUCGAUAAAGGUAAUUUAGUUUUAUAAAGAACAUUUUAAAACUUCUUGCGAAGCGUUUGAGGUUAAAUUUUACCUUAAAUUGAAGCUUAUAUUACGUAUAAUAACAUACCUAACAUAUGUAUGUUUGGGGAAUUGAUAAUUUUGUAAUUAAAAGUGAUAUUUUUAGGGGAUUUUUCAUUUGUAAAAAUAGUCUUAAGAAAAUUGUCGUGUUACUAUGACAACUACUUGAAAUAUUUCAUGUUCGGAAAAUGCAAUGGUUUUAUCAGAAAGGCGAGGGGUUUCUGCCUGCAUGUAUUUUCUAGUAUUCCCUUAAUAAUCAAACCUCGAUUUUAUACUGAAAACUCAGAGUUUGCGAAUGCAGAAAAGUAAGCCCCAGAGGCUAACGCCCGUGUUCUAAAAGCUUACUCACACUCACACACAAUGAGUGGAGGUUCAAUCUGAGCUUCUCUUGAGUGUCAAUGCUGGUUUUGAAUAGCUGGAGGGUGAGUAGUCACAUAGUAAGGUACGACACUAACCUCCAGGUAUUCAAAAACAUCAUUGACACUCAAGCGAAGCUCAGAUUGAACCUCCACUCAUUGAGUGUGAGUGUGAGUGCGAGUAAGCUUUUAGAAUACGGGCGUAAAUAUAGAAAAAUGCUCUUGGAGUGAAUCCCAUGCACACCACCUCCCCAUAUGAGUUGGAACCUUUCCAAUUCUCCAGCUCUUGCUGGGCUGUGCAAGUGGAGAAUGGGUUGGCAUUUCUCCCAGAUAAUUUAAACAACAGCGGCAUCCUUGUCUAUAAACAUGCAUAUUUUGUUUGCAUGGGAAGUUUAUUCACGAAGCAGUAAAGUGAAUAAUAUACUAUAAUGGUGGAUUCUAGCUUUAUAUAUAGAAGGUUAUCUGAAGAUGCCCACUAUACAAAAAGUAAGUUCAAAACCCUAAUCGUAAUCAACAGGUUGUGCGUAUGCCUCACCACAAAUUAGUAAUGCAUCUCUAAAAUGCAGAGUUAUACACCAUACAAUCUAUUAAAGUCACUCCUGAUAUUUUGUUGCUUUUGAAUUUUUGCAAUGUUAUGCCUUUCCAAAUUCUGAAAACAUUUUAAAACUUUCAAAAAGCAACGACGAGUUGUAUGAUUCCAAAAUGACAUGUUAUGAUGAUCGGGAUGCCCGGCAAAUCUUAAAGCUAUAGCCACAAAAUAAAAGAGUUUUUUACCUCACCGUACACAAGUCUUUUGUCUUAACUUUACUAAAUAGUAUUAAUUGUUGUUCACGUUUUAUCUCAGCUAUCCCUGUUGGAUGAUUAUUUAAUUAUACGAAAAGACAAUGAGCUCAAUCACGGUGAUCGAGCGCAAGUUAACAUAUAUUCAGACAAAAAUAUUACCAAUCAAUUCUGUUCAGUUUCCAUACUAUCAUAUUUUGAUAGACUAUACUAUAUCAAGUAGAAAAGCAAAAGUUGCUAUAGGACAGAGGGGACCAUAUAUACAUCAGACCAGAGUGACGAUUAACUUGAUGCUGUUGUUACCUAUACUGAUUUGUGUAAUUGUUUCUUUUCUUGUACACACGCGUGCACGAAUCUCUUCAAAUUUAGUAUUCAGGAAUAUAUCGGCCUAUCACUAGGUGAUAGUUGGCCGUAUAAUUUCCAGGCUUAAAGUUCUUUACAAAGAAUUUAUAUAAAAUGCAAUCGCUCUGCGUUCCCUGCAUAUAUAGUACUGACAGUAUGUAGUAUAAAUUAAUAUUAAGUCGAUCCCUUUUUUAUGCAACACAACUGAAGAAUUUUUAAAUUGCCUUGAUAAAGCAACAACAACUUCCGAAAAAGAAUAACCUUAAAUAAGCUGUCCUCUACAAAAUAUAAUAUAAGGUGGCAUAUCCAAGCAUUUCCAGCCGAUAACUUGAUGAGUUGAAGAGGAACUUUUUUUUGGAGUAUGUUUAUUUUAUACUUUAUUUCAAGGUGACAUAUAUUUGAUAAGAGCUUUGUUUCGUUUUGAUACAGGCCGUCAUUGUUACCACAACAGUGAACAUAUUGCGACAACUCACUUUCGAACCACUUGGUCAGGGCGGAAAUGCUAAACAUGAACAGCGAAAGUGUCUUCAAGCCAUCGAUGACCUCACUAUCGCACCGUCCACCAAGAUCUUCCUGCAAACCCAAAGACGAUUCUGGGAGGACGCAGACUACAAUAUCCAAGGUGGCUUUUCCAAGACCAAUCUGCCUAUCGGGCAAAUUCAUUACGUCAAGCCGGACCCAGAAUAUGUCGAGUCCACGAAUCAAGGAAUAAUUAUGGUUUACGUUUGGAACAAUGAUGCACUGAUUUUUGGUUCCUUGAGGCCUGACCAAGUCAAACAGGAGGCAAUUGAACAAAUAGCAGAAAUCCACCCAGAAAUCAUGGAGGAAAAUAUGGUUGAAAAAUCUAUCGUCCAUGCUUGGUACAACCAGCCCUCCUACCAAGGUGCCUUUGGCUUUAUGAAGACCAGUCAGUUUAACAAUAUCAGGUAGGAAUCAGAGGAGAAUUAUAAUUCCUAAUGCUUGUGAGAUGAAAUGAUGGGAUGAGUCUAACUAUAAUUUCAUUAACUAUAGUUUCUUUGUGAUAGUUAUGAAUAUAGGUCAAACAUAUAUAGUGGUUUGGACAAUAAUUAAUAAAUGAUACUGGGUGCAGUAGCCUACGGGUUUGGCGAGCAAAUAAUGAGAGUUUGUGAUAGCUAGAGUCUUUCUUUGUUUAGACAAUAGUUCUUUCAGGUAGGCUUAACAUACACAUUUUAUAUCUAUAAUUCUCAGGUCUAGUGCGUUGAGUAUCGUCCAUUAACAAUAAUUUGUACUCCUAAAAAUAUCAUUUUUAUACCAGAGACAACAAUAGACAACUUAUUGACCGAGUUUGUGCGAUUAGAGAGACAAUCUUCGCGCUAAAUAAUAUAUAAUACAUGUAUAAUUUAUCCAUCUAUUUUUAUUUUUAUUUUUUCCUAAUUUAGAACUUUGUGGGAACCCAUGGGUAACGUACAUUUCGCUGGAGAAACUUUAUGAUUUGCCGCUGGUUGGAUUCAAGGAGCCUUGGAGAGUGGCGUCAAAGCCGCAUAUCAAGUUUAUGCCCGUAGCAAGAAGAGAACAACAGGAAAAAAGAAAUAAUUGACAUACAAGAUACGAGAUAUAUAUAUAUACAGUAUAGUCCAUGGUAGUAAAGACAAGGAGACCUCAUGAAACCGUAAGGCUUAUAUAUCGAGUGAGGCCUCUUUAUGCAGAUUUAGGAUAUUUUAUUUUUUUAAG